CGUCAGUGAUUAGUGCGAUUCUCUCCGCCGCGGACACCUCUUUGCUGCUGCUGCUGGUGGUCGAUUCCCAGCCCUUGCGCCGUCAUUAACUCGAGUGGAAGUGUUUUCCCCCUUGCAAGAACCAUCGAAAUCGCGUGACACGAUGAUGCAGCUGCUGGACAAGGUUCUCACCUUCAUCAACUACUGGUGGUUCCGCUACCUGAUGGUCACCGAGCUCUACAUGGUCGAAAGCUGGGAACGCGUGACCAUUCACGUGCUCCUCGUUUCGAUCUUCAUGCUCCAGUGGUACUUCAACUGUAAGGUCAUCCUGCCCUUCACCGGAAACAUGCUGGGAAUUCUGCCGGUGGACCAGCAGCUAGCGCCGGGUUACCAUCCCAAGUAGAGAGGUUACGCUUUAGGGUUAGGGCAAAUUUAGGGCCGGACAAGUAUUUUUGCGGGAAGAGAAAUCUCACCCAACCCAACACUAUGAAACAUCCCAACCAAUUUUAAUAAUCCACGAGAAGAGGAAAUCAGAGUUUAUCAACUUAUACACGAAUCUGAUCAGCAUGCAUGGCGGUUGCUUCUCACUUAGUGAAAAUAAACGUAGAAAACAACUAACUAAUAUAUAUUUUAACAAUUAGAGUGCGUUCUAUGUUGCUAAUAGUUGUUGUUCUCCACUAUUACUGAUGGUCACCCAAAUAUUUAGUUUGAGCAAGUCGAUUUUAUGUUGAGGACAUUAUUUAAACCCAGACAAGAGAUGUAAUCUGAGCUCAAUGAGUUUCAAAACGAUAUACACAACUUAUUAAACAUGUAAACGAAA